AUGCCAUUAGCCCGAAAUCAACAUUCCGACCCCCCGGACGAGCGUCCUAUCUACAUCUUCUACGUCCCAGAGGAGGAGUUCCAAGAGUCCAUUGUCAUGUAUCUGAAGGAGCUUUCCCAUGCGCGGUACAUGCCAACCGGAAUCCAUGCGUUGUUAUCAGAAUUGGACCUCUCGUCCGAUGCGCAUCUUGACGUUUUCAUCUACACAUGUAGCAUACUCAAGCGAAUCUCAAGGAGGAGCCCAUCGUUGCUGACCAUUGAAACCAUAUUGGAUUACUUUGCUGCCUGCUUCAUUAUCUCGUACAGUAUGCUCUCCGACCUCACCCCACCCCUGCAUGAAUGGGCCGACGCCCUGGGGAAGCCAUAUAGUGAACGAAGGCUUUUGCAGCUCCAACGGAAGGCUCUUCUCCUCCUCCACUGGAAGAUCUUCAUCUCUAGACGGCAGUACGACUGGAUGUGCCGUGAGAUCCAGCGCACUCAUGCGGAGCUGGGCUAUAAGCCUCCCACGCGCUCCAAACACUUCGACUACAGAGAUUAUUGGCGAGGCUUCCGGUAA